AUGUCGCGCUGUGCAUGUUGUCACCUGGUACCUCAGAAUCAUCCACUAAUUCGACGGUUAGAGCAAUGCGGUGAAGAGGCGUUCGGUUCGGUCCGCGAAUUCACCAAUGAACAACAAUUGAUCGAAUUAAUGCGCAAUGCCCACGCACUCAGUCUUCAACCCCUGCUGAUCCGACUUCGGGUUUUGGGCCCAGACCACCCCGAUACGAUUUAUUUCAUCAGAUAUCGAGGAGCAAUUUACGCGGAUGCAGACAACUUUCGUCAGUGUUUAAACCUGUGGCGCUAUGCCAUAGAACUGCAACGUAUCUUUCUUGAACCACUCUGUCACGUUUCGCAGGCUGCCUUUGUCAGUUUUGCCGAGUUGUUCCAGUUUGUUUUAACGAACAACUAUGGCGGACUUCCGGCUGUGGAUUUGGAUCCUGUGCUUAUUGUCGACUGUCUGGAAUUAGCUGUGGAUAAUAUUGAACGGGGAAUGGAGUAUUCCUUCUAUCAGUGGCAUCGUCGUCAUCCUUGGUCUUAUACGACAGCCGACAAAGAGGCCAUCAAUUUGAUGCGACACGUUGUGCUUUGUCUGCAUUUUAUUGCUAUGAUCUUGGGAUACUAUUUACCAGACUUGAAACCUAUACCGGAACCCAGACCACUCCGUCUUGCUUCGGACGCAGAUCAUUCACGCUCGUCGGAUGCUCCAACCGAGCGGCUAGUACAGCGGAACUUUGGGUAUACCAGUGACUUGGUGGAUGAGCAACCUGUUCCUACAGUUGCAGCCAAUCCAAGCGCUGAUUCACAAACUCGUAACCGAAUGCGCCGACUGAUCUCGAAUGAUCUGAAGGAGCGGUUCAUUCACCAGGUAAUUGGUUUCAUUUUAACCUCUUUUAUCGGUCAUUGUUCCAACCUGUGGCACAGAAUGCGUAUACUCAUCAACGGCUAG